UGUUACUCAGGGUUGGUCAGAUGGCCUUCAGAGGAGUGUCCGAUAAGAGAACUGUGUUUACAGAUGGAGAUUUGAACAACUACAAUCUGCAGCCAUUCCAGUUUCUGUCUGGGUUCCUGAUGGAGCUUUUGGGGAGAGAGGAUUCUGCCCAGUGUGUGGUGUACACAUUCCCACACCUCACCAUCCAAGAGUUUGCAGCUGCAGUCGCACAAUUCCUGACUAUACAUCCCGAGGAUAUCCUGAAAUUCCUCACUGAAGCCCACAAUACGACAGAUGGGCGAUUUGAGGUAUUUCUCCGUUUUGUUGCUGGUCUCUCCUCCCCAAUGACAGCUCGAGGUCUGGAGGAGUUUCUGGGUCCAUUUCCUCAUGAAACAACCUGCCGGGUGAUGGACUGGGUGAAGGAGGAGGUUAAACGCCAGAGUGAAAACACAUCGAGUGAAGCUGGUAAAAGGAGGCUCCUGAACACAUUUCACUACCUGUUUGAGUCUCAGAAUCGUGAACUGACUCAGACCGCACUGGGAUCUGUGGAAGAACUUUCAUUCAGUGGAAUGACACUGAUCCCAGUUGACUGCGCGGUCCUGUCUCAUGUUGUCAAACUCUGUGAUACAAUAAAACGUCUCGACCUGUCGUACUGCCACAUUUUGUGUGAAGGAAUCCAGCAGCUGGGACCCUGGCUGCACAAGUUCCAGGUAUUGAGUCUUGGACGGAAUGACCUGGGAGAUUCAGGAGUGAAACUGGUGUCUGCGGCUCUUGGGAACUCGGAGUGUAAAAUACAGACACUGAAUCUGAACCAUGUCGAACUUACAGAUUCUGGUGCUGAGGAUCUCGCCUCCGCUCUCAGUACAAACCGAUCACUGAUAGAGCUGGACCUGGGAUGGAACCCGCUCACAGACCAGUCUGUCCCCGCUUUCCGCCGGCUCAUACUGACCCACCCGAGUCUGGAGCAGAUCAUGCUGGCGGUGAAUAAUUUCAGUGGGACUGGGGAGAAUGAACUGGAGUCUCUACAGGAGUCUAGACCCGGACUGAGACUGUACCUGUAAACGUCUGAAUGUGUGAAUAUACCCGUCCACAAGAUGGAGACAAUUUGGCCGAUAA